AUGACAGCGCCUUUCAACCCACCCGCCGCUGACCUUGCCGGCAAGCCCAAAGUCACGCCUUGGGUACCCCCACCCACAUCCAAACUAGACAUCGACUGGGCUAAGCUCAGGACAAUUGACUUGUCCAUACUUGACAACCCGGACCCCACAGUGGUGCAAGAUCUAGUCGACACCUGUAGAGUUGCUAUCCGAGACGAUGGAUUCAUCUUCCUCGAGCACUACGGCAUCUCAAUUGAGCAACUUCACAGACAAUUUGACAUUGCCCAAUACCUGCACCAACAUAUAAGCGACGAAGACAAGGAGAGACUUCACUGGAAUCCAGAUGAGAGUGGGACUUUCGCCGGUUGGAAGCCAAUGUGGGGAUGGAGGUCCAAAAACGGUCCAGUGGGUCAAGGCUAUUUCCGACAAGCUCUGUAUUACGCUUCAGAUGAUGUCGUUCACGCGAAAGGUAAAGGAACCAGAAUGAACGGUCAUUGCGAUUUCGGUACGACUACCAUGCUGUUCUCCGUGCCCAUCUCCUCGCUGCAAAUCUGGGGGAGAGAUGAGCAAUGGAGAUACGUGCCAUACAAACCCGGAUCGCUUGUGAUCAACAUCGGUGAGACCUUGGAGCUCGUAUCGGGUGGUCACUUCAGAGCGACUAGGCAUAGAGUAGUCGACCCUCCCGCCGACCAACUGAGCUCUGAUCGUCUAUCGCUUGUUCUCUUCCAAGCGUCAGAAGGCGAUCUCCGAAUGGAACCCGCUUACCAAUCACCUUUAUUGCAACGUGAAGGCUGUUUCGACUCUCAGGGGGCUUAUCGGGAAUUCAAACGGUUGCGUGAAAGGGGUGUUCCCAUCCCGACCAAUAGACAAUGGCGAGAAGUCCAAAUUGCCGACGCUCAUCAUCCCACCGAUGCCGCUCCCAACGACAAGAUCGUUGUCAAGGAAGGAAAGAGAUUCAUUCAAAGGGAAUAUCUGGGUGUCAACAUCCUGCUUCCUGCUUAG